AUGAGACAUAUUAACGUUGGCAUGUCUCUCAUGAGAAAAAAAAUAGCAAAACUCUCAUCAUGUCCCUUCCGUAGUCAAAGAUUGGCAUUUUUAGACUUUUCAGAGAACCCAAGAAACUUUGAUUGGAGCUCUGAGACAAAUAGGAGGUUUGGAGUUCAUGUGGAUGAUGUGUAUAUUGUGUUGAACAUUAAAAAUGUUCAUUGGAUUGCUUUGGCUGUAUCGGCUCUUCACCGACACAUUGAAGUGUAUGACAACAUCAUUUCAUUCUCAAACGAUGACGAGAUAACAGAGUUUGUGAAGUCAUAU